AUGCGCCAAAGCCUGGAGUGUGACGAAACCAGCAGUGGAAACUUCGAGCUGCACCGGUCGAAAGCGGUGGAGGACGGUGCGGAGCCGUGGGGCGGAGGUGGAGAGGGAGAGGGGGAGGGAGUGGGGGAGGAGGGUGGAGGCGGGGUGGGGAAUGGGGGACAAGCACCGGGGUUUCAAGAUAUGUUAGUGUUGAAUGAUAUUGAGCAUGGGAUGACCGUGGGAGAGGUGGAGCAGUCAGCAAGAUCUGGUUCUGCUGUGGGUGUGGUAACUGGGGGGGUUGGUGCAGGGGAAGGAGCAGGGGGAGCAGCGUGGGUAGGAGUGGGUCUCUUUGUGAUGGUGGACGAGGGAGACGAAGGGUUGGAAGGGGUUGGGAGCGGUGGGGAGGGAUUGGAGUGGAACUGUGGGGCGUCUAGUGUGUUGUGUGCCAUGGGAAGCAUGUCUGAGCCUGAUGCUGCUCUGCAUGAAUUCGGGCUCAUGCAGGACAUGGGUGAGCAAGACAUGGGGCAGGACAUGGGGCAAGACAUGGGGCAAGACAUGGGGCAAGACAUGGGGCAAGACAUGGGGCAAGACAUGGGGCAAGAUGUGGCAUGUGAUGUGGUGAAUGGCAUGCCACAUGAGGUGGUAGAUGGCAUUGCGCAUGGUAUGGUGGAUGGGAUAAACGGAAUGGCACAUGGCCUGGAGGAUGCAGCAACAAGGGACCAUACAGCCUCCGCACCUACUGGUACUUGUGUUGAGAGCCAUGGCCUUAUGGGAAACCAUGGUCAUACCCACAACACUCGUGCUGAGCUUGAGAAUCAUGGUCUUAUGGUGGACCAUGGUCAUACCCCUCCACACAGCCUCACCCACACUAGUUAUGCAGUGUGCCAUGUGGAGGACAGAUGA